AAAAUGCUUCUGUUUACAUGAGCUCAUUUCCAAAAUUGCUAGCUGGGCACUUUACAACUGAAGUAAUAUUUUCGCGUCUGCGCUUUUGUUUUGUUGUCGUUAUUAAUUUUAUUUGAUUUGAAUAAAGUAAAAAACAACCUAUUGCAUUUGUGGUAGAAAAUUGUGGCGUAUUUAGUGUGCGCUAAAAAAUAUGUCCGUGAAUAUUACUGUGAAUGGAAAAUUUAAGACAUGCAGUAAACCAAGCAUUUUAGAUGACCCCGUGCGUGUCAAAAAGCAGCUGGAAUGUGAACUUAGAAAACAACGACUCCUGGAGGUCCGUGAAGAGUCUAAAAAUUUGGCGCGCAAAAUUCGCAAUGACGUAGCUGCCGAGAAGGAGAGGCAGUUGAGAAAUCUGGAAGCUAUUAAAGCAAAGGAACUUGAAUGUUGGCGACACCAUGUUUUAGAUCAAAAAAAUAAUGACUACCGACAGGCAAUUUUUGAAAUUGGUACAGCGCACACAGCUGCAAAGUUGGAGAACGAAGCCCUGGCGGAACGGAAAACGGCUCAAGAGCAGGAGCGCAAACAGUUCAAAAGGAAGACGUACGAGCGACUAGGAAUGAAACGACCACAAACUACAAAGAAAAUACUACAAACUGCAGGUACACAGACACCAAAUGUGCUCAUUAAGAGCACGAUGACGAAGAAGGCUCCGAAAAAACAUAAGCGAAAAAUUUGUUCGAAAGAACAAACUUCAAUGUGUCAUUGCUCUAGCGCAGAAAGCGAGUCGGAUAGUGAAGAGAGUAGCGAUGAUAUAGAGCGAGAUAAAGACAGUUAUUCUGCUAGAAGUCGAACCACAAAAUCAGUGGUAAUAUGUCCCUGUCCAAAAUCAAUUAAGUGUCCUUGCAUUAGCUCUUCCUCCUCGUCAACACUUUCAUCAACCCUUACUGACGAAGAAGAUAAUGAGAAACAAACUUUGCCACCCAACAAAAAAACGGUACUUAGUAAAAAUCCGGCUAUAAUAGUAGAUAUUGGUGUGGAUAGCAAUGAUUCAGUGACCAUAACAGCUGGUGAAAUAAAAGACAAACACACAGAAAGUAAUCGCCAAUUCAGUCACGUUGUGCGUGAUAGUAAAACUGAAAAAUCUAAACGGUCCUCGCUAAAGGAUAGAACUGCAACGAUGAGUUCAGAAACAAACAGUCAAGCUGCAUCAAAAGUACCUAAACCACGUUUCACACAAGUUUCGCAGCUCAUAAAAAGCAAAAGUAAUACUAGCGGGUCCCAAUCACGAUCACCAUCCAGACCACCACCACCUUCACUCGCAGCUACGUCGGGCACUUCCCCUCAAAAAUCUCCAAGAAAAAGCAGUGCAUCUGGAAAUACGGCUAGAGGCAUUCAAGCUACAAUUUCAGGUGUCACGGUGACAUUGGACAGUGGUAGUAAACGUGAUAUGGGGAAAAGUACACGUGAAAGUAGUACGGGUCGUGUACAAUCCUAUGACUACAACAAUAAGUAUGCACGGGAUUAUCCACAUCCUACAGACGGUCUGGUGCAUGAGCCCAGCGUGCGGGAACGUAGCGAGCCGAGUGCUAGGGAGCGAGCAGAAAUGGAACGUGAGUUAGAACAAAGAAGGGAGCACGAAAGGGAGCGCAUGCGAUCCCGAUCAGAAGAGCGUGGCCGCAAAGCACUCGAGCGCGAACAGGUUAAACGUGAUUGUCAGCUGCUUACUGAGAAGCUAGAUGCGCUAUCGCAACAGUAUCCGGAUCUGCUGAAUCCGCCAGAUACCGUUCUGCAAAAUCAUCAGUUAUACGAGAGUCGAGCUGCCCGCAUCGAACAAAAACGCAACUCUGCCGUAGAACAAUUGCUUUUACGUCCGGCAAUUAUAACCUGCCCAGAAAUUGGCGGACAGGAAACUCGAGUCGCCAGUAAAAAGCAUGCCACUACCGACGGGGAUGCUUUAAAUUUGGGCGCACCUCCCGCAAUUGAUCAAAUUGAUAGCACAAGCUCUUCCGGUAGCUGCAACUCCAUAUUACUCGGCUACGUUGAUGAUCAACAGCAAAAAAUACGCGACGAUCUUAAUAAGUGCGCAGGUGGGCAGCCAAGGCAGGAUGCACAAAAAGAGGAACAUUUAAAAAAUUUACUACAGCGAAUUGAAAAGUUACGAAAAGCCUUAUGUGAAGAGCUCGGCAAGAGUGGCAGUGGUGAAAGCGUGCAGGAGGUUAUAAAUGGUGUAAGUGAUGUUCGUCGCGAGCGUGAGCGUAUACUCACCAAUGACGCAGAUUAUGGUAAUGGCAGGCGAUCACCAAUGGAAAAGCAUUUGCAUGGUGUAGAGCAAAAAGAAGCUCUAUUAGAGCAGAAACUUCGGGAAUUAUGCAAAAUGCAACAGCAACUGCCACAGAACAUUACAGGUAAAAGAGACAAACGAGAGGAUAGCAAUAUAAAACAGUCCGAUGGAAAGGAGUGUAGGGUGCUAGCGACGGGUAACAAACCACUGGAAAUCAUAAUAAAGCUAAAGAAUGACAGCGGCCGCCAGGGUAGAUCGAAAGUGAAAAAGUCAACAAAAAGCCCGCGUAAACUUUCCACACUUAUUAAAACUCCGACAAAGAAAUUGGGUGCUAAACGAUCAGUGAGUGGCUUGCGAGAGAGACUGCAACAAAAUCAGAAAGAAGGUACCACUGCUGUCAAGUUGGGGAAAAUUAUUCGCCAAAAUUCGUACGAUUCGAACUCGACCUCUUAUCGCAGUCUACCGUCACAUAUUGGCAAUGAGAUGGACGCGUUGGUAGAUCGCUUAGAACUAGAUCAAGAGGAGGAGGAUGGAGAGGAGGUUGAAGAUUAUACGAUAGUGGCCCAAAAUGGUUCGACUGUUAUCACCGACGACCUACCACCAUCAGCUGGCGAUGGAAAAGUCACUGCACGUCAAACAACGUCAACUCAACACAAGGCGCGCUUAAAUCCGCUUAUAGCGCACUAUAUCCAGCGACUGCUGGGUAUGUCGCGUAAUUCCGUACGCGCACUAGGCGUCAGCUCUUCCGAUAUAGAUACGCCCUCUUCUUCUGUUAUGAACAUCAGCUCGAAUCGUACCGGUACCACUGUUGAUCUGGUAGACUCCCAGGAACGGAUUCAGCGUGUAAAUCGCUUCAUUGAAGAGAAUCGCACAUUUCUUAGUGAGUUGGAAGAUACGUUGCGUACACAAAGUGAUGCUACCCUGGAAAGUAGCAUUAGAAUUUUUGAGGAGGUUUGGCAGCAACGACUUCUUAAAGAGAAGCAAAGUAGGGGAGAAAAACCGCUAAAGGAAUCGCUAGCAAAACGGCGAAAUGAGGCCCAAAGCGAACAGAAGCAGCUCGCUCCAGCAGGUAGCCACGCAAGAAGGCGUUUAGCACAGAAGCGUCAGAACGAUGAAAGUAGCAAGCGUGAGAGUCGUCACGAGGCGUCGGCAACGCGACAGCCAGAUACGCACACCAGCGCCGCCGUCACGGGAAAUGCACCGACACUACGCCCGCAGCAACGAGCAACCACAGAGCAGUCUACACCCGCUGCUACUCAUGUAGUGCAACAAAAACAACAGCGACAAGAGGAUGCGAAUCAAAAGCAUAUAACUUCGGAGCACGCGAGUGCGGUGCUUAAGAAGACCCCGCAAACAAGUGAUAUAUCGGUAUCUACCGAAGAUCGCCGUGCCGAAAAUCAGAUUUUACGUUAUGAGCAACUCACCGAAAACUGCACACAACGCAUCGCUGAGCUGACCGAUCUCAUACAAAAGGUUCGCACAGAGAAGAAGCGUCUCAUGGAGGUCACACUCAGUUCGGUUAGCGAGGGUCGCAACUCAACCGAAUAUAUCGAAUUGCCGGAUGGCACACGCCGACGUUCAAACGCCUCGAAUGCCGAAAGGAAUACAAGUGUCAGUAGCAGCGGAAGUAGCGGUAGUAGCAAUCGUAAUGUGCUCACAACCCAACCAACAACUUCUAUCGAUUAUACACCGCAAGAAAUGCUGGGACAGCAAACUGCUGCUACAUCCGGUGAAAGGAUAUCAGCGCUGGACAGCUCGGUACCACUUGAGAAGCACAAACCUACGGGUAUUAGCCGUGAUAGCGGCAUAUCCAUUUCCCGGCCACAAACCGCGCAGGAUAUCGAACCGCCUUCGCAAGCGUCUACUAGCACAACACAUCCAAGCUCUCAAGGUGCAGUGCGCAAAAGCCGACCACCGCCAACUAUGCAACGCUACAGUCCCAAACUUGCUGAAGAUGAGGUGGCACAUGAACUUUCCACCAUCAUAGAGGUCGACACACCGGUCACAUCGCGCAUUAAUGCCACAGCAGCAGGAUCAGCCAGAGUGACAGCAGCUAGCGGAGCCACAGAGGCAUCCCGCAGUAGGCAUUUGCAACCACUACCUUUCCCUACAUUCGAAGAAUAUGCGCGUGAAAUGAAUUUAGACGUCACGCAAAUGAGUACCGACACCAGCCUGCGCAUACAUCAAGAAUUCCAGUCGUUGAUCGCAAAUCUUCGUGCUGUACAAGAAGGCGCUGUGCCUGACUAUCGAGAAUUCCCAACACUCUCCGCCUACUUGCGCAAUUUGAGCGCACAUCAGGAAGGCGUCGAACAAAGCCAAUCACCCGAGACCAUCGAAGAUCUCAUAGCCUGUCUACGCGUAGCGAAUCUCUCCAUUAAAGCUUUUCCCUCUCGUCAAGAGUAUAUGCGCCAAAUGAUUUCCAAUUCAGCAAGCGGCGAGUUACUCAAUAGCGCCAGUCUUGAAAAUAUCACCGAUUCACGCACGAACACUAACACCGAAACCGAAUCCGAAUCAAUUAACAUCGAAGAAGAGUUGCGGCGUCGGCAAAUACUAAAACAUUCUUUCCGCACUGCCAAAGCAAAAGAGGAGAUUUUCUCUUCUACAGUAAGAGAGCGCGUGAACGCUGAGCAUGCGCAUGAUAAUUCACGCAUUUUCACCACAGAAAGCGGCAUUGAGAAGCUUUCAUCCACUUCGGAGAAUGGAUCUAGCGAAUUUGAGCGUCAGUUAUUCAGUUUGGGCAUGAGAUGGCCAGCAACGAUGCGUGCGCGUACAAAGAAAGCAGAAGCGGUGGGUCGCAGUAACACCUCAUCUAGUCCUGAGCGUGUUUUGCAUGCUGAUGGUGGCAGCGUAGAACUAAGUGCACAGCAGCGUGGUAGUCCAAGAAAAGAUGUGGAUGCAUUGCGUAAAAGUCGUCAACAUUCACCGGACAAGACGCUACGCGGCGAAAGUCCCAAACGAAUGCCAGCGGUAAACAUUAGCGCAAAAGAAGUGCAAUUUGAGCAACACACUAGAGUGCGUUCACCAGCGCACAGUCCUUUGCGCGCAACAGAUAGGCAGCACUCAAGGAGCAGUCCUAUGCCCGCACAAGCGGCAGCAUCGCCACAAAAUACGUCAGAUCAACAGCAGUCAAAGAUCAGCCCUACAAAACGUAUGCCUCCUAAUGCCACAGCAACGCAGGACGCAACGCGACACAGUCGAAGCUCUCGACGCAGUCCGCAUCGCUCCAGCGAUUGCGAGUUCGUUAGUGACUUUGGACGUCCACUGAACUUGCGUGACUUUCUGACUAAAGAGCUACUUAAGCACGCCAGCUCCUCGAGUUCGUCUACGCCAACAGACGAUUCAUUACGCAGCAUUUUUCUCCAAUCCAUCAUUGAUACCAUGACACCGCGCACUAAUAAUUGCGGCAGCAAUCAGCUAGACAGGCAAAAGACCUCAACGCCGGUGACACAUUCCAAUCCGUCGCAUACACACAGUAGCGGCGGUCGUAGCACUAGCAGUGAUGGCAAUACACCGUCACAACUCUUCUCUGGUGAAAGUGGUAUUUCAUCGGUGCGAUUCUUUGAACGGUCAAUAACACGCACGUACCCGCGGAAUACCACACCAGCGGGGCAGAAAAAAGUUCGGAAAGCUAUGGAAGAGCAACAGAAUGUUACGGCAAACUAAUGCGUGAUUUUUGGUAUUUGUUCAAGGUCUGUAACUCCAGCGGCUUUUCUCAAAAGUGCUCACGACAUAAUUGAUAUAUGAUAUGGCAACAACAACAUCAUGCAUAUGUUUGUAGAAAGUUAUAUACAUACAUAUAGUCACAUAAAUCUUCUCGCUAACGAGAUGUGUUCAAUUGUCGCCAUGUUUUUAUCUUUUUCAAGAAUUAGACAAAUUUUCAAUUAUUCAUAAAUGCACUAAAGGGUUGGGCAACAAUUAGAAAAACACUCACAUACAUAUACAAUAUUUAUAUAUACAAAAAUAUAAAGAUCCAUAUAUUUAAGUAGAGAAAUAAGUCAUUUUGUUAUUGGUAUAAAGGCCUAUUUGUUACAGAUUUUAUAACAAUUGCAUGUAUAACGUUUUUAAAGGACCUACUGUACUGUGCUUCUUGAUAGUCGAGAUUGCAUACAGAUGUGGUUUUUAAUUAGUCUAAUUUAGUUUGGUGUAUUUUAGACGCAAAUGUUUUUAAAGGCAUCCCAUUUUACUGUUAAAUAAUAAAGACGAAAAGAAAUUGUAAG